UUCCGGAAGACGUGGCUGUUGCUGCAGUGGCAGCUGUCAUCCAAAUUAUUUUAGAAGAAGAGUACUUAAAUGCUACUUUAAUAUAUUCGCUAUCUCUAUUUUAUAUUCUCCCGUUUAUUCGGCGUCAAGAUGAUUUCGCUAACAGACUCCCAAAAGAUUGGAAUGGGAUUAACAGGCUUCGGCGUGUUUUUCCUCUUCUUCGGGAUGAUCCUGUUUUUUGACAAAGCACUCCUGGCUAUUGGAAAUAUCCUGUUUGUUGCUGGACUUGCUUUUGUCAUCGGGUUGGAGAGGACCUUCCGCUUCUUCUUCCAGAAACACAAGAUGAAGGCCACCAGUUUCUUCCUGGGAGGUGUGCUUGUGGUGCUGAUUGGCUGGCCCAUCAUCGGAGUUGUGCUGGAGAUUUAUGGCUUUUUCCUCUUGUUUAGGGGUUUCUUCCCAGUUGUAGUAGGCUUUAUCAGAAGAAUACCUAUCCUGGGCUCCAUCCUAAACCUGCCCUUCAUCAGUGCAUAUGUGGACAAAGUGGGUGAGAGCAACACCAUGGUAUAACAGUGACUUGUUGUACCCAGAGACGGCUAUUUGAGUACUGCAGUUUUUAUAAACCAAUACAUCGGGCAGAUUUAAAGCAACUAUGGUUUUACGUUGAAAUUCAUCCCCCUCCAGCAGGCAAAGACUUUCUGUCUGCAAUUUUACUUGGCAGUGCAACCAAUCAAAGGUUCAUCAGAGCGUUGCACCACCAGUCUGUUACUAAAGGGUGGAGUUACUAAGGUCACUACAAUAAAUAUUUCAAAAGCUAUUGAUCCCUUCACUGUUGAGUGCAUCUCGCAUGAAAAUGGAAGAUGGAAGACUUCCUCAAAACACCAUUAACUCUGUCUCUGGAAUAACAGUCAAAAAAACUGACCCUCCACAAGGAUGAGAAGUGGACCGACAGCUUGCCAUGUUGUCACAUUUCUGUGCCUGUGCUUUGACUUUAUUUGGACAAAAGCUUUUACAUCCAGCAUUUUGUCUCUUUGCAGAUAUUCUGUGAGUGUGGCUAUUGUAAUAUUUUCCCUUUCUUACAUGUAAGUUCUUUUUACAGUUGGCUAAUGAGUUUUGAAAUUAUUUUUUAAAUGAUCAGUGCUUUACUUCCUGUAUAGUGAGGUGCUAUGGCAUCAUACUAGUAUAUUUUGCAAUUGUAUUGUUAUAACUACUACUAUUAAAUUCUGGUCACACCAGAAAGUGACCAUUCAUAAUUGUAACACGUGAAUGGUGAAGUUCAUUCAGGUGGUGCUAGAAGCUUGGUAAUGUAGUGACUACUUAUGAGGCUAGCUAGCAAACUACCAUAGCUGGUGAGCUAACAUGCUAGCCAGUCGGGAACAUGUUAGCGCUAGUGUGUCACAAAAGCUCUCCAAGCUAGCUGGGUAAGGUAGCAAGGUAGCUCAGUCCUUAACAGGAAAAUACUAAAGAAACACUCAUUCAAGAAACACAAUUGUACCAACCUCUCCUGUCUCAUAACUGUCUACACACCAUGGCUCUUUUGUAGAGCAGUUUACACCACAGCAGAGCAGGGUUGUAUGAAACUAAGUUUAUUUUAUUUAUUUUUGAAUAAAUUAAAUGCUGGUGUUACUAGGCUUUUUUUAAAUGGCUUUUUUUUUUAAUAGCUGUUUUCCAAAGCAUAUAAUUGGUAUCCUCCAAUAAUCAGCCAUUGGUUUCACUUAAUUGUAUUACACUACUAACAGAGACUUGAAAUGUGAGUUGGAUUAUUUCAUGGAAAGUACCAACCUUUCUAGUGCAAGAAUACAGUUGCCACCUAAAGCGUUUGAACAUAACAUCAAGGAAACAUUCUCAAAACGUAAUGUCCUUGUGAUGGGUUAUAUGAGCAGCAUGGUUGAAUUCUCUGCAAGUUGAUUUUCAUAGCAUACUGAAAUGAACUGAAACCAGUGGACUGGAAGGUAGGAAACUAAUCUAAAAUGGUAUACUUUGGAAAAUAGUCAGCUAUAUAUAAAGUGUACACUAUUUUCUUUUUGAAGUAUAUCUCUGGUUUAUUUCAACUUGGGUCUUAUUAAAGCCAAAACUACAAAAAUAAGUGCCAAAUUGUAAUAAUUGUUACUUCUCCUAUAAUGGACUUAAACAUGUGAAAUACCACUAUGGUUCUGGUAUCUCACUCGAAGAAUUCAGGUAUAUUAUUUCAGUAGUCUAAAGCAGUCAAAGUUUCUGUGUAAACAAAUGAACUCUUUUCAAACCUGAGAACAUAUGCUCUGAAGCAGCUGCAGCUUGACAUAUUUGUGGAUCUACUUUUAUAUCUAAAUGAGCAUUAUCAGAUCAUACCACUUAGAAUCCCUUUGGGGCUAGUGUCCUAUCCACAUCUCUGUUGAGCUUUAAAUUUAAAAUUAUGUGAAGAUUAUCGAUUUUCUUUCUUUUAUUUUUUGAGAAGAAAUGUUCUUCAGCAUCACAGACAUCAGCCACCUCAACACAGGAGCUGAAUAAAUGAACUCUUCAACUACUUUCUGUUGGGAGUAUCCAGAAAAUGUAUGUUAUUUGUGAAAUGACAAUGUUUUGCUGUAUGGCACUUUUGUAAAUAUACUAUGGAAGUAAGCUUUGUAUCUGCCA